UCCAUCCCUCGCAGCAUCCAUCACGAGGAGCCUGGCAAUUCGAACACCAGGAAAGAGGGACUUCUGGUUCCUUUUUUUGGGGGGUGGGAUUUUCAAUUCAGAGGGAUACCGUUUGGCCUGUCUCCCAGAGAACGGCUCCCAGCGGCAAUUUGCACACCAACUCUGCGCAACUCAAGAUGAGGUGCUGGCCACUGGCAGUGGCAGUGGCCAUGUUUUGGAUCCAGUGCCUACUUCAGGAGGUGAACGGCAAAAAGGAGAGGAAGAAGCCCAAGGAGACCACCCCUCAGCAAACGGAGGUGUACAACACCACCACUUCCAACAGUGAGGAGGUCACAGGGAGCACCAAGCUUCCAGAGAAUCAGCGAGUGGACCCUUUCGGAUCAUGGAUGGAUUUUGUAAAGCGACCCGUGGGCAACUUUCCUGGGAAGUGCCGGAAGCGGAAAAGGCCGCUGCCAGGGCCACCUGGUCCCCCGGGCCCCCCAGGGCCACAGGGUCCUCCAGGAUCCCCUGGGGCAGAGAUCACCCAAGAGGUUCUGCUCCAGGAAUUUAAAGAAAUGAUCAAAGAGGCGACGGAGCGGCGCGCGGCUGUGGACCGGCAGGCUAACCCCAGCGCCCUGCCUCCCGCCCUCAUCGCCCUGGGGAGCAUGACCUCCUACAGGAGGAUAGAGGAGGCCUUCCACUGCAGGCUGAAGGGGCCUGUGGUCGUGGACAAGAAAACCCUGACAGAGCUGCAGAACUUUCAAACGCCUCCAGCCAAGGGUGCUUUUCUCCGGGGGACGGGGAUGGACCAGUCCACUGGCCGAUUCACCGCACCCGUGACUGCCAUCUACCAGUUUUCUGCCAACAUCCACAUUGACCACAGUGAAGUGAAGAAGAGCAAGAGUCCGCUGAGGGCACGGGACAACGUCCGAGUGCUGAUCUGCAUUGAGUCGCUGUGCCACAGAUACACGUCCUUGGAAAUGAUUGUUGGGCUGGAAAGCAACAGUAAGAUAUUCACGGUGUACGUGCAUGGGUUACUGGAACUGCAGGCUGGGCAAUACACAUCGAUAUUCGUGGACAACGGAGCAGGGGCAUCAAUUACAAUACAGAACGGCUCAGAUUUCAUGGGGAUGCUGCUAGGUGUAUAGUCACACCCCCUCUCCACCCCUCCUUUCAUCCUUGUACAUACCAGGGGUUCUGCUACCUGGAUCAUCCGUUAUGUCUUUUUUUAUCUUUAUGGACUGAUCCUCGCCUGUCCGUCACCAUGGGAACAAGCAUCCCUACUGAUAAAAAACAAGGGUACACUGCGACUUCCUUCCAGGACUGAAGGAACAGUACUGACUUCUUUG